AAGAGAAGGGAGAAAGAGAAGGGAGAAAGAGAAGGAAGGAAGAGAAGGAAUAUGUGUGAGGGCUGCUUGGCUUUAGGGCAUCUGCUAGUCGUGCACACCCUGCGGGAGCACUCCCACUUUUCGCAGCUUUUAUUUAUGUGCCUUCGCACUUGACUUAUGUGGCUCGACUUUUUGCAUUUACAGCUGGCAACAUGGACUCGGCCGCCAUGGCCAUUGCUGUGGGGGGCGGCGGCGGCAACUCUGGCCCUGGCAGCAGCAGCAGCGCCAGCAGUGGUUAUGGCAGUGCCACAACCACGCCCACAACGCCAAUAGGCACAGGCGGCGGCCAUUAUGAGGGAACGGCAACGCCAAUGGCCACCAUCGCCACGGUGGCGCCCUUCUACAGCGAAGCCCUAACCAGCCUGGAUGCCCAUCAUCAGCGACAGCAGCAGCAGCAGCAGCAGCAACAGCAGCAGCAAACGCACUUUUAUCAUCAGAAUUAUAAUUAUGGAAGCCUGGAUGCGUACAACUACAGUGCCUACAAUUACAAUGCGGCCAGCAACUAUUCGAGAAGCUACGAGAAGCUCGCGCCCAAAUACAAUAACAACAGCAGUGCGGCAGCCACGCCCUUUUAUGCACAACCCCAAGCGCUGGGCAUGGCCAUGUCCAUGCCGAGCAGCUAUGCCUACGAGGCCUACAAGUACAAGAUGCCGCCGCAGCAGCAGCAGCAGCAACAACAGUUGCUGCCGCCGCUCGAGCCCAACUAUGCCGCCAUCAAGCCGAGCAGUCGCUAUGGUAAUAUGCCGCCGGCAGCGGUCUAUGCCAGUCCGAACGCACCUGGCAGCGUACCGGCACAGGUAGCCGGCGGCGCCUACUACGACAAAUAUGCCAUGUCCCUUUACUCGCCGAACGGCGCCGGGCUGAGCUUCGGUGCGCCCGCGCCGCCGCUCUACAGUCCGCCGGAGCUGCAGUCGGCGGAGUCCGCCUACCGCAAGUCCAGCUGGAAUGUCGACUACAAUGCGGCCAAUUGUCGCGCCGCGGGCAACGGCAAUGGGAAUGGAAAUGGAGGCGCCUAUCAUCAUGGAACUGGCAGCGAUUUGUACUACAAGUACGAGAAGUACCCAACGGGUCAGACGUCGUCGUCGUCGGCGGCGGCGGCGGCGGUGGCGGUGGGCAGCAAUCCGUAUCAGGCGAACCUGAGCUAUGGCGCACGCGGCAUGUGGCCGGCAAAUCCGGUGGAACAGGCGCCUCCGCCCAGUUCCAGGCAGAGCUGCUGCACGCAGUCGUAUCCGCAGCAAAGCUGUUAUUAUCCGCGUAAUGGCUAUGGAGCACAGCCGCCUCCUCCACAGUAUCCCAGCCAGGUGAGCGGCAGUCACAAGCUCAAGCAUCCGACUGAUCUCUACGGCAGCUACGAGCCGCUGGGCUAUGGCUAUGCACAGCCGGGCGGCAAUGGCGGCGCGCCCAAUCCUGUCACGCCCAGCAAUAAUAGUCGCGGCUAUGUGCCGCAGCUGGGCGUGGGCGUGGGCAUGACCAUGGGCAUGGGCGUGGGCAUGGGCUUGGAGGCGAACGUGAGCACCGCCUACUACAAUGAUCUCGGCAGCCUGGACAGCGGCUAUGGCCAGCAAACGCAUCGAACGCCGCCCUAUCCCCCCGCCGCCGCCGCCGCCGCCGGCUCGCUGGAGUAUGCCUAUCGCAAGCGGGCAAAUCCCAGCAGCAACUGUUAUCUGGAGGCGCCCGUGGACAGCUAUGUGGGCUACGAUCUGCACGCAAACUCCGCCGCGACACAUUAUGCGCCGCAGCCGCAGUUGCCGCAGCAGCACAAGCCGGAGUCGCCGCCCAGCUCGAAUAGCUCCAAUAUACGUGACUUUCUGUCCAGCUGGAACGAUGACGAGGAGGAAUUGCCGCCGGCGCCCGUCCGACUCGAAGCUGAGCUACAGCAAACUACGGCAGUUGCUGUGGUUGCGCCCGUGGCAGCUGCUCCAGCUCCGGCUCCAUCACUUGCCACGGCGUCCGGCUUUAUGUACGAGACGCUGGCGCCAGCUGGUCCGGUGGCCACGCAGGUCAAUGAUUGCCCUAGCAUGAAUCUGCCGGACAUCAUUAUCGAUCAUCAUCAUGAGAAGUCCAACGUGGGCCAGGUGGAGGACUCCUUUGGCAGCUUUGAUGUGGAAAAGGAACUGGACGAGCUGCGCCUGAAAAAGUGCGGCAUCGAGGCCAGCGAAUCGCAGCCGGGCGACACGGAUGCCCUGGCCGAAAUACUCCGAGAUCCGGUUGUGGCGCAGGAGGAGCCGAGCUUGGAGCUGCCGCUGGCCAGCCCGCUGCUGGACCCGCCCGCCAUUGAGUUCGAUCAGAGCAACAGCAACUCGAACGGCUCCACGUUCGAGAAGGAGUACGAGACGUUCAUACACAAGAUCGGCGGCAGCGACAGCGAGGUGGAGGAGCCAAACAAUGCCCAGGACGACAGCGAGUAUCGCCACAAGUUCUACAAGCGCAAGCGCCGGACAACGGAGCCAGCGGAGCCGACGGAGCUGAGGGAGCCAACGGCUGAUGUAGCUCCUGUGGAGUCCGCCCCGGCAGCUGCUCCGAUCUCGCUCUCGCCGAAGGCCUCGGCCCGGGCGAGUCGCCAACGGGUGGCGCGACGUCGUCGCAAUCGCAUCAAAAUGCUGAAGAUACUCGAAUUCGAGAGUCCCAAGAUCAAGCAUCGCUUCUAUUUCCGCACGCUGAAGCUGCUCCGCCGGAGAUAUGCCCUGAGCCGGAUGCGGGAGCAGCGCGGUCAGCGGAUGCGGCGACAGCUGGCGCUGCGCACGGCGGAGCAUCGCCUGCCGCUGAUCAAGCGGCAAUAUGCCAGGCGGAGUCCACGCAGCCUGAGGGGCUUGGGCGGUACGGAGACCGCCGUUUCGGAUCGGGAGACGGUCAUCAAGCGUGGCUAUGCCUUGCGGGAGCAGCCACAGAUCUUGGAGGAACAGCAAAAUGGCUGCGACUCGAAUCAUACGCUGCAGUCCGUGGGCAGCUUCAAGGGCUUCGACGAUGUCGAGAAUACGCAUCUGUCGCCGAAGGCCAAGCUGUGCGCGGACACGGAAACGAAGGUGGAUCGGAAUGUGGACAAACAGCUGGAAAUACAGCGCUGGCUGCAUCAGAGUACGGAGCAACCGGCCGCGCAAGAAGUCCCGAGCAAUAUCCGCUUGAACUCAGCCGCUACCUCCUCCGCCUCCUCCUCUUCCUCCUCCUCCUCCUCUUCGUCCUCGUCUGCCAGCUCGAGCAGCUCCUCGUCCAGCUCCAGCACGAGCAGCAGCAGCGGCGGCAGCUGCUCCGGCGAGGAGAGCGACUUCAAUGAGAUGGCCGCGCUGGAGAAGGAGCUGUCGCUGCCCAAACCGACGCCGGAGCCGGAACCGGCGCUGCUGCCCAGCAGCAGCAGCGACAGCCGGGCGCAAGUCUCCAACAAUGACAUAGCCAAGCUCAAGCAAAUUCUGGAGAGCGAUGACGACCUCGAGGAGGAGCAGCAGCAGCAGCGGGAGCAGGAGCCGACCAACAACGUACCAAAGCUAAGUGACCUUAGUAAAAUUGCCUUAAAUAGUUCCUUAAAAGUUAGCGACUUAGUCAUAAGUGAGCCGGGUGUGUCCAUGGAGGCGACGGCGCCGGUUACGCGCGAGCUGAGCGUCGAGGAGGCGCUGGCCGAGAUGUAUCAGCAAAUAGGCGUCACCUCCGAUGCGGACGAAACGGAAGAUGAAACCGAAAUUGUGGCCAAGCAGCUGGAAGGCGCCUCCGCCGCCGCCUCCGUAGCCAAUGGACAGGAUGUGCUGCUCAUUAAUCUUGCCGAGAUUUUCGAUAACAACAGCAGCGAUCUGUACGUGGUGCAAUGCGACAUGAAUGAGAACAUAUUGGGCGUGGUAGCGGACGAACUGCAGCCGGAGCAGCCGGCUCAGCCGGAACAGGAGCAGGUCAAUACGCUGCAGCUAAUCGAGCUGCUGGCCGAGCCGGAGCCACAGUUUAUUCACCACGAGGAGGUGGUGCCGGACAACUACAAGAGCUUCGAGCGGCGACAGUUCCUCAAGUAUCUCCACGCCAAAUAUGUCCAGAACAAUAUCAGUCGCUUCUACCAUGCCCAGCGCGUGCUCAAGAAGUACAGAAGGCGACGCCUGGCUACGUCCAGGAAGACGCGCUGUUAACCAAAGAUAGCUGCAACACACACACACACACACUCUCACACAAACACCCGAAAUACCCUUCAUCAAACGGAGCACUGGGAACAGGAUUUGGCGACGGAGUCGUCGGACUUGUCGUUCUAGCGUGAAAAAUCAACUUGGCGUGCCUAAUGGAUUAGAAAUUUGAAUUCAAAUUAUCCACACACAAACAAACACACACCCUCACACUCACACACACCCGUACAUACCCCUCACACACCCCCUCACACACACACAUUUCGAGAAUCUCAAAAGACUUGUUUAUGUAAAAUCAAAUUUGUUGGCAUUUUUUCAAUAUGCA